AUGGCGCUUGACUUGAGCAAGACAUUCGGUUCCGAUGCUGUAGCGAAGCCAUACGGAGACACCACUUCCAAAUGGAACCCUGCUGAGCGCGACCUGAUCAUCAUGCUAACCAUGCUAAUUCUCGCAUACAAGCCGAAGGGCGAGAAUACGCAACAGCUUACUGCCAAGGACAUCGUGAUAAUCACGCCCUACGCAGGUCAGCGCAGCGCUAUCAUUGAGGGAUUGCAGGCGGCAAGCACCCAGGACCCUGCAGUACGGGCCAUCGGCGGCUUGCCAACUCUGCCGGAAGUGGAAGUUGCCUUGCCGGCCAGCAUGCGAGGCCGCGAGGCUCCGAUUGUCUUGCUUUCACUUGUGUCAAACGACCACGAGGAUCCGUCAAAUAUAGGCCUCAUCUAUGAUCUCGAGCAACUCAAAGCCGAGAUGGGUGUGGCCCAGAAGUUCCUGUUCAUGGUCGGCAAUUUCGCUCCCUGGUGUCAAGAUCGACUCAACAAUGCGCCGUGGUUGAAUCGGAACCCCCGUAACAAGCAUUUCAGUAACCUUCUCUACAACCUCUAUAAGAGGCAGGACAUCAUCGCCCUCCCGGACUUCAAGCUAGGAUUCCUGCAGGAAGAUUCCAUAAAGCCCACUCGCCUGUUCUUCCAAACGGUCAGACCGUCUUACGAUUACGAGGCCGACCCUGUGCAAAACCGUGCCCCGAAACAGCCUCCCCGGAAACAAAAAUUCGACCGGCGCUUGACUGCAGGCUCUGAGCAACCUGCUGCAAAGAAGCCAAACUUGGGAGACGACAAAGCAGAGUCCGGCGAACGUCGAGCUGAGCUCGGAGAAGUCCAGGCAAGUUCCGGAGAAGGUCAGGCAGACUCUGGAGAAGAACAGGUAGAUAAUGGAGAAGGCCCUAGAGCAGGCCCAUCAGACUCCGGAGAAGACCAAGCAAAAGCUGGAGAAGGCCAAGCACACGCUGAAGAAGACCAACAAACCCACGUGGAAGUUCAAUCAGCUCCCGCAGAAGCCCAGCUCCAUCUGGGUAGUGAGGGCCGCAGUGGGAGCCACGGAAAGAAGGGAAAGAAAGCUUCAGUUAGGAUGGUAGAGGCCAUGGCAGAAUUGAUGCGAGCCGUGGCGGAGAUGGUAGAGAAGCCCGUAGCAGAGAUUAUGGCAGAGGUCACGGAAAAGGUCACGAUGGAGGCCGCGGAGGUCGUGGCGGCAGAGGUAAAGGACGAGGUGGCGGCGGUAACAGAGGAGCGCGCGGUAGGAUCCUAG